CGCUGUGUCAAAAAUAUAGUUGAAAGAAGAUUUGCGCGUGGAUGUCUGGAAGGGCGGAUGUCACGCCCCAACCAAGGCGUCGUUUGGGGCUGCGGCUGCCCAAAGGAGCUACUACACCUGGCUUACGUCGACUGGAGCCCCUGUCAACACCACUCACCGAGGAGAACAAUAGGAAAAGGGAAACUGACGCUGUCGAAACUCCGCGCGCAUGUUCCUUGAAACCAAAAGCAAACUCCACAAAUUGCCGGCGUCUCGGCUUAUCACGCCGUCGUACGGAUCUAAGCAAGAAGAGACUCGAAUUUAUCACCUCUAGCGAUAAAGUCGAGGACGCUGCGACACCUGAGGACCCAACGAAACCACAAAAAUCCGAAUGGAGACAGCGAAAGAUACUUGAACUGGAAGCCGAUAUUGAAACCUGGAAAAAUGGGUUUAUUGCAGCUAUGAGCGAUUUGCAGGCAUUGGCACCAACAGUUCCAAAGGAAACACUGCUAAUACAACUGAAAAUACCCCUGGAAAUGUUAAAGUACUUGGAUGAAGACUGAUGUAAACUAAACAAACUUGGAUAUAAGAAGCAGUAAAAUGUAUUUCACUGCGGUAAAAACAAAUGGCAAAUUAAA